AUGCUUCAAGAGAUUUUUAAAUUAAUUAAUUCUAACAUAGAAAAACUUCUUGUUGAUUGCAUCAAAUCUUUAUCAAGACAUGAACUUAAUAAAUUAAUAAAACAUCUUCUUCGAUUGAAUUCUCUUACAACGAAAUAUAAUUCAUUAUUUGUUAUACCAUCACCAAUUCAUAUUCUUAGAUUAGAAGGUGAUUCAGAAUCAAUAUCAAUACUAAAUGUUAAAACUCUUGAAAUUUCAAUUAAUUCAAAAGAUAUGAUGAUGGAUAUAAUAGAUCAAUUUGAUUAUAUUAAUGAUUUUGUGUUUAUAUGUGAUGAUCUUUCGGAAGGCGAUUAUUUGGAAUAUUUUAUUGAAAAAUUACAUAUGCAUUGA